AUGAAGCUUCUGGUUGUAAGUAAUCGUUUGCCACUGACAGUAAAGAGAGGAGAGGAUGGAUUUGAAUACAAGCAAGCAAGUGGAGGACUGGUUACGGGACUCAAGAGCAUAAAUGAUAAAAUCAGGUUCAAAUGGAUUGGAAACAUAAGUGGUGCAGAUCUGUCUUCAGAAGAAAAGGAAAUCAUUAAGAAGGACUGCUGGGACAGGUUCCAUUCAAUCCCAAUCUUUAUAGAUCCUGAACUGAAUGAUCAGUCAUACAACGGAUUCUGUAAUGCCAUUCUAUGGCCAAUGCUCCAUUCGUUCAAAGACGAUAUAACAUUUUCAAUGACAAAUUAUAAUGCCUAUGUUGAGUAUAACAAGAUCUUCAGCAGCAGGAUAUGCGAGAUUGUAGAAGACGGCGAUGUUGUAUGGGUGCAUGACUACCAUUUAAUGUUGCUUCCAGAAAUGCUAAGAACCAUGUCCACAAAGACAUUCAAGAUUAUGUUCUUCCUACACACUGCAUUUCCAAAGGCUGAUAUGAUAAGAGCGCUUGAAUACAGGAGACAGUUAGCAAGUGGAAUAAUGCACAGUGAUCUCGUUGCAUUUCAUUCAUUUGAAUAUGCACUCAACUUCAGAGACGUGUGCAUUGAAAAUGAUGUGGAAUGUCUGGGUAGAAUAGACGCUAUUCCAAUAGGCAUUGAUCCAGAGAUGUUUAGAAGUGUUUUACAACAACAAAUAACAAUACAGAGAAUAGGAGAACUCAAAGAAAAGUUUAGAGGUAAGCAGAUUAUUCUUGGUGUUGACCGAACUGACUAUAUAAAAGGAAUGCCACACAGAGUAAAGGGACUGCAGAGAUUCCUUACAAAGCAUCCUGAGUUUGUUGGAAAUGUUGUUUUUAUGCAGGUUGGCGUGCCAAGUAGAACCAAUGUCAAAGAGUACUCUUCAUACAUCACAAAAAUGAAUGAGUUGGUUUCAGAGACGAAUAGCAUGUUUGGUUCUAUUGAGACUGCACACAUCUACUUCCUGAGCAACAGUGUUGACAUAAACGAGUUAUGUGCUUUGUAUGCAGUCAGUGAUGUACUGCUUGUGACAUCACUCAGAGACGGGAUGAAUCUCGUUGCUCUUGAAUACAUUUCAUGUCAGAAUGAAAAUAAUGGCGUUCUUGUAUUGAGUGAGUAUGCUGGUGCUGCAACAACGCUUCCUGCAUCUCUUGAAAUGAAUCCGUGGAACACUGAGGAAAUAGCAGACACAAUUCACAAUGCAUUGACAAUGCCUAUGGAUGAGCGUGUUGAAAGGCAUAAGAUCAAUUCGAAUGCAGUAGACACAUUUACGUCUGUGAAGUGGGCAGAAAGGAAUCUUGAUGGGCUUUGCGAUGACUGGAGAGACUCUCUAAUGCUUUAG